AUGAUUGAUGAAUGAAGGUUAGAAUGGUUUGUCAUGAUUGGUUAGCUAGGUUUAGAACUGUUUGUUGUAGCUCUGUGUCUCCUGCGAAGCCUGGUCUGACAGCCCCAAGCAGAAUUGACUUCCUCCUCUGUGGGCCACCCGGACCCUGUCCUACAUCGGUCCCUGUCCCUGUGAGGCAGGCUUCCUCCCUUCCUCCGUUUCGUCUGUGAGUGUCUAAGUGUCACUUUUCACCCUCUACUAAACCGAAGCUCCUUGAGUUCAAGAUGUAUCUUUUUGUAUUAAUCUUUACUUCACAGGACUUACCAGCCUGGCCUCUAUUCAGUAAACAUGUGUUGAAGGAAUGAAUUUCCAGGGUAAGAUAUUUCUCAUACCCUAUAUGUUUCUCCUAUAAAGUUCAAAAUGAUUUUAGUCAUGUAGAUACUCUAUGUAAUAUAUGGUGCCGAACUGACUAGUGACUGUCAUAAGAGCGAUUACAUGAGAAAGGCCGACGUGGGUGCGGGAGCCAGACUGCGUGGAUUCGAAUCCCUCAUUCCUGGCCAUGUGACCUGAGCUAGUUACUUAGGCUCUGUGCACCUCGCGCUCUUCAUCUGUCAAGUUUCUCCUAGGGUGGCGGCGAGGAUCGAAAUCUUUAGUACGUGUGAGGACUUCAGAGAGCACAGAGUAAACCCUCCAUGUGCGUGAGGUGCCAUGUCCCAGUGCCCCAGGCUGGUCCCGGGGUGCUAAAGAGGAAUGUGCCGUUACAGGAAUCAUUGACCUUCAAGGACGUGUUCGUGGACUUCACCCUCGAGGAGUGGCAGCAACUGGACUCUGCCCAGAAGAACCUCUACAGGGACGUCAUGCUUGAGAACUACAGCCACCUGGUGUCCGUGGGGUAUCUGCUUGCCAAACCAGAUAUGAUCUUCAGGUUGGGACCAGGAGAAGAGUCCUGGAGGGCAGAUGGAGGGACCCCGGUGCGCACCUGUGCAGAAAAUGUAUUUUUCCCUCUGCCUCCUGGAUGAAACCACUGGCUGGUCCCAUAAGUUCACUGGUCAUUCUGAGAUAAUAAAAAUCUUCUAGGAACUGUUACUUUCAAGAGUAGCCUCAUUAUAAUAACGAAAACUGUCCAGUCUCGUGUUGUAGUACAAACUGAAGUUUAUUUCAAGUUUGUUGAUCUUUUCAUAGAAAGAAGUUUUAGCUUUGUUAAUUUUCUCUACCAUUUUUCUGUUUUAUUGAUUUCUCCUGUUAUUUCCUUUUUUCUACUUUCAGUUUACUUUGCUGUUCUUUAUUUAGCUUUUCCUCCUCAACAUUUUAUUAUGAAAAAUUUUGUAUAAAACAAGUAAAAGAAUUAUAGACUGAACACCAUAUAAUCCCUAUAUGGGUGUUCUGUAAUAACACCUAGAUUUAUAAUUAUAAACAUUUUGCUAUGUUUAUCUCCUGUCUGUCUGCCAAUUCUUCUGUCCUUCCAUCAAUUUGAUUUUUUUGUAGUGCAUUUCAAAGGAAGUUACAGAAAUCAGUACCCUUAACCCCUAAAUACCUUCACAGGUGUAUCAUUAAUUAGAGUUCAAUAUUUGUUAGUACUUUAUCAUUAGUGUUCAUGAAGUAUUUUAAUAAAAUAAAAUGCCCUAAUGGUACCAUAUGAUCUUUGGCUAUACAGGUUACUGUUUGAACAUAAUUUUCUAUAUGUGUUUUUCAUAUGUGGUCAUUAUAUAUUUAUGCUGAUAUGACUGCAUUCUUUUUUUUUCAAAUGAAAUUAAGGUAUAAUGUACAUACCAUGAAAUUUAUCUUUCUUAGGUGUACAGUUGUAUAGUUUUGACAAAUAUAUAGCUGUGUAACUACUACCACAAUCAAGGUAUUGGACAUUUUCAUCCCCUACAAAAAACUCCAUGUUUCUUUUUGUAAUUUAGUCUCUCUCCUCAUCCCAGGCUUGAUCUCUUUUCCUUCUAGUUUGGUUCUUUCUAGAAUGUCAUGUGGCUGGCUUCUUUUACUUACCUUAAUGCAUUUUAGGCUCAUCCAUGUUGUGGCAUGUAUCAGUUUGUUCUUUUGAUAACUGAGUAGUGUUCCAGUUUGUCUGUUGAUGUACCACUUAAUGCACAUUUGAACUGUCCCUGUUGUUUUGGUUAUUAUGAAUGAAGCUGGUGAACAUUCUUGUGUAGGCAUUUCUGUGGAUCUUUGUUUUCAUAUCUCUUGAGUAAAUAUCUGGAGUGAGAUUGCUUGGCUGUAUGGUAAACAUAUGUUUAACUUUAUAAGACAUUGGGCCGGACACGGUGGCUCAUGCCUGUAAUCCCAGCACUUUGGGAGACUGAAGC